CUCUUUCUCUUUCUCUUUCUCCUCCCCGGCCCUCUCUUUCUCUCUGUACUCGAUUCUCUUUUCUAUUCGUUCUAGGGUUUCAAGAUUAUAUUAUUAUGCUUUCUUUCUCCCAAAAACCUUAUAAUAUAUACUCUCUAUCAACACUAUAUAAUUAAACUUUUAAUAACUUUUUCUUUUUUAAAUUUUAUAUAAACUAUAAUUAUUAUUAUUAUUUUUUCUUUUCUUUGUUUUCUGUUUCCCUUUAGCUCUCUCCAAUUAUCUCAAACAAUUCUUAGUAUAUGGCUGGCUUAGACUUAGGCUCAGCUUCUCGCUUUGCUCAGCAGCUUCAACGACCCGAACUUCACCUCCAAUUCCCACCGGAUUCCGAUAAUCACCACCAUGAUAUCAACCGCAACGGUCACUUCAACGCCGAUCACGACGACGAUGACGACGACAACAACAACUCCGGACCCCACUCGGGUGGGGGCUUUGAUCUCAUAUCGGGACAUCAUCAAAACUCCGGCGAUAUGGCCUCACGCCGCCCCAGAGGCCGACCACCUGGCUCCAAGAACAAGCCAAAGCCGCCGGUGAUCAUCACAAGGGAGAGCGCAAACACUCUCCGGGCCCACAUCUUGGAGGUCGGAAGCGGCUGCGACGUCUUUGACUCGGUCGCCACCUAUGCCCGGAAGCGGCAGCGUGGGAUCUGUGUCCUCAGCGGAAGCGGCACCGUUACCAACGUCACGCUUCGGCAGCCCGCUGCAGCUGGAGCCGUGGUGACCCUCCACGGAAGGUUCGAGAUACUUUCCCUUUCAGGAUCGUUCUUGCCUCCGCCUGCACCACCGGGUGCCACCAGCCUCACCGUAUUCUUGGCCGGUGGACAAGGUCAGGUGGUCGGUGGGAAUGUUGUUGGAGCCCUAAUUGCAGCCGGUCCGGUCAUUGUGAUAGCUUCCUCUUUCACGAACGUGGCUUACGAGAGAUUGCCGUUGGAAGAGGAGGAGGUACCACUUCAGAUGCAGCAGCAAGUACCACAGUCCUCCAGCGGAGGCGGCGGAGGAGGUGGAAGUGGUGGCGGUGGUGGCAGUGCCAGUGGAGUGACUAAUAACCCUUUUCCGGACCCAUCAGCGGCCGGCCUACCUUUCUUCAACCUACCGAUGAAUAACAUGCCUCAACUGCCGGCUGACGGUUGGACCGGAAACUCAAAUUCCGGACGGCAGCCUUAUUGAGGAAACGACGGCGUUUUCCGGAUUAGGUCUCUACAAACUGCAGAUUUGAGGUCAGGGAAUUAUAUAUAUAAAUCUCUCUCUUUCUCUGUUAGACUAAUAUAUAAUAUCCCAAAUCUUUGUAAAAUUAGUUCCUAUCUCUCUUCUCUUCUCUUCUCUUCUUCAUCCAAUUAUAUUUUGUUUGUUUUUGUAACUUUAAAAAUUGUUUCUGAGAAAUGCUUUAGUCUUUGUUGAUCACGAUGAUCUUGAUGGAAGUCACUUCUUCUUAAU